UCAUUCCACGCGAAACUGGGGCGGUUGAUGAAACCACAGAUCCUCUGCUAUCAAUUCAACUCAGCAUGUUCGAGUGUGGUGGACUAGCGGUUGGCGUGAGCAUUGCACACAGGAUUGCAGAUGCAUCCACACUCAGCACAUUCCUUAAUGCAUGGGCCAUUGCAAGCCGAGUGGGGAUCGAUAAUGUAACUGUCCACCCAAGUUUCAACUCGGUUUUCGUCCCAGGAAGAAACUUACCAGCGCUGAACCUCGGGAUACCUAGGAGUGGGGACAAUGGGGCGAAGACGAGAAUGUUUUUCUUCAAUAAGAAGGCAAUAUCAACUUUGAGAGCCAAAGCCAGCACAGACAAUGACAAUAAGGGGAAACACGGACCCACGAGGGUGCA